GAGUCCGGAGCGCGCUGACAGCAGUGUUUAGUGUGACAGCCGCGCGCUCCCUUCAGAAUGAAGCCUUGUUUUGUGCUCGCGAUCCUGCUCGUCUCUCUCCUCUGUACGAUGUACCCGGCGUCAGAAGCGUGUUCAUGCGCGAUGUCUCAUCCACAGGACGCGUACUGCCACUCCGACAUCGUGAUCAGAGCUAAAAUCGUGGGAAAGAAGCUGCUGAGCGACGGUCCGUAUGGCACCCUGCGGUACACCGUCAAACAGAUGAAGAUGUACAAGGGCUUCGACAAGAUCCAGCACGUGCAGUACGUCUACACACACGACUCUGAGAGCAUGUGCGGGGUCAAGCUCGAGAUCAACAAAUACCAGUACCUGAUCACAGGUCGUGUUCACGACGGGAAGCUCUACACGGGUCUGUGUAACUUUAACGAGCGAUGGGAGCGUCUGUCUCUGGCGCAGAAGAAGGGCAUCAACCACCGCUAUCAGCUGGGCUGUAACUGCAGGAUCAAGCCGUGUCAUUACCUGCCCUGCUUCGUCACCUCCAAGAACGAGUGUCUGUGGACGGACAUGCUGUCUCACUCCGGCUACCCCGGCUAUCAGUCGCGUCAUUACGCCUGCAUCCAGCAGAAGGAGGGCUACUGCAGCUGGUACCGAGGCAUGAGCGCUCGAGACAAGCUCAGCAUCAACACCACGGACCCCUGAGAGCCGCCUCGGGCCCCGCACCGCCCUCAGACCUUCUGAACACCUCUCUUCUGCUCGUCUGAUGCUGAACACCCGACAGCACUCAGAGAUUUCACUCCUUGAAAUAACUGCUUUCUACACUGAAAAAAAAUCUUUUUUUAAGGUAAGUGGUCGCACGCUGUUUAUUUUAGCUACAUGUCAAAAAAAAAAGUUGAGUUAGUCAACUAAAUGCAUUUCAAUGUAGCUCAAAUAAAUAGAUGGCAAGCACGUAUCUUUUUCUUCAGUGUAUUUGAAUAUAUUUUCAUUUAAAAUUUAUUCCUGUGAUUUUAAAUCUGAAUUUAUAGCAUUAUUACUCUAGUCACAUGAUCCUUCAUGAAUCGUUGUAAUAUUCUGUUUUGCUGCUUAAGAAACAUUUAUUAUUAUUAGUGCAGUCAAAUGAUUAAUAGCGAUUAACCGCAUCCAAAAUGAUAAUAUAUGGGUGUGUGAUGUGUGUAUAUUUAUAAUGUACAUACACAUGCAUGGAUAUAAUAAAAAUAAAAAAAAAUACAGUAUGUAUAUAUAUAUAUAUUUAUAUAUAAUAUUAAUUUUAUGAACAUAUAUACAU